AUGCUGAGCAAGCAGCAGAAGAGGGAGCAGCGGCAGAAGGAGAAGAGCGCCAAGCUAUGGAAAGAGAGGCAGAAGGCAGUGCGGAAGGCAAUGAAGGACAGACAGGACAAGCGCAAGGGGAACAUUCAGGAGAGGAAGGACAACAAGAUUGCUGCUAAGAUUGCACGGCGGGAAAAGAAGUUGAUGCGGCCAGGCUUUGAAGGGCGGGCAGGGGACACAACAUUGAAUGCCAAGGCAGCAGCUACACCAUAA